GUGUCGCCACACCACUCUAAACAUAUUCACGUGAUAACGUUUCACGUUACACACCCAUCAUACAGGCGAGGUUCGCAACAACUGUGAACAAUUACUGCUGUGAAUUUGAACUAAUAAAUCAGAUCUCAUAAUACAUAAAUACAUACUUAGUUAAGUGUAUAUGGUUAUAUAAAUAUUAAGAAUUGUUUGUUUAAAAAACUUGAUUAUUAACAAAAUGUUACGUUCCAUUUCAAAUGAAAUUUUAAUACAGAGAGGAAACCUUACAUUAUUGCGAUUUCUGAGUACAAAAAAGCCAUCAACAUCGAGUAAUCCAUCGAAAAUUAAUCGAAAUGUUGCAGGACUUAGCAACAAAUGUCUUGAAGUUCCAAAUGAACCUGUAGGACCAGGUGCUGCCAAAGAUAAAGAAUAUAAAAAUCCAGAAUAUUUUUGUUACCAUAUAGAUAGUUUUGGAGAAGCAGAAGUGGAGUUAGCGAAGUACAGAUUACCUGCACCUUCUAAUAAAGUACCUUUCAAGCGAUAAACAGUUUUUAUGAUACUUUUCUCUGUAAAUAAUUAUGUAAUAGGUAAUAGAAUGUAAUAAAUAGAAUAAAUAAUAUCCUUACACAAA